AUGCCCGCCGCGGAUUCUGAUGUACCGCCAUGGAUACCCCGCUACAGUAUUGAGUCGACUUCUGUUUUCCCUGACGCUAUAUCGGUCCUAAAUCAUCCAUUGGCCCCGAAUUCCCCGAAAAAGGUGAUAAAACCUCCAAACUUGACGGAACCUGAAGCAGGACCCAUAAAAAGUCGCUCACAAUCGGAUUUUUUCGAUCCACUGGGAGUAACCUAUGACGAGGAAGAGCUGCUUGUGCCGGAGGCAAAACCGAUUCCGGCAGUGCCGAUUCUGAGCCGAGGCAAACGAGAGGUGGAACUGGUAAACACAUUAGAAAUGAAGAAAUCUGACAUUCUCUACCACGACGUCGAUUUGCCUAACAUGGAGCCGUGGCGGAAAAAGAGAAGCCUAAUCCUGGAAAAAUUUGGCACUAGUGAAAAAUCAUCAAUUCAAAGCCCGCACUCGCUGAAAAAUGACGAAUCCAUCCCGCAGCGUGCUCAGGUUCGCGUCCACGAUCGAACGGCGCAUCGGCUCGAAAUCCUUGAGGACAUGUCUGGGCUAAAAAAAUUGGUCGACUUGUCCGCACAUGAAUUCGUACAGAACCUCAACGAGUUGAAGGAAAUGCUGGUGCUCGCCUGGACGAAUAGCAAACGUGUCGAGGCAUUGAGGCUAGUAACGGAACUUUCGCGAGCCCUGAGCGCCCCAAAUCCACCUUCGUUGUUCCCAUCGCAUUGGGUGCUGGCGACGGAUGUUCUCGAUCUAUUCGGCACCCUCGUCUAUGAUCGAUUGAAAGAAAAAGCCGAUCAAGAGCGAGAAGCUGCGGGAAAAUUGCCGCUUGCUGCCAAUUUUUCCGCUGAUGACGUGCCCGAGAAGACGCGCGAAAAGGCGAAACAUUGGUUCUCGAAGCUUGAAGACAUCCGCGAGGUUGUUCCUCGACUUUACGUGGAGGCAAGUCUGGUGCGCACAAAGCGCUUCUUCGACCCGACAGGAAUUCGCGAGAAUUUGCAUCGGUUGGCCGCCGGCGCUGGGCGAAUAUUGCAACCGCUGCCGGCCGCCUAUGCUCGAGCGUAUGUUUCGAAGAUUUCCAUGUUAUGCGACCCAGCUGAUCGUGCCCCCCAUUGGCGUGUACUUAACGAUUGGAUGCAGACAUUCGGGCAACAGCCAUCGGAGUUAAUGUGGCCAGCUGCCGAAUGGAUCAUCCAAUGCGUCUCCUACGACGCCCAUGCGUAUGGUGAUUUAGCGCCUCUCUGGGAAUAUUGCGUACAAACGGACAAGCGUUUCUUCAUCCUGCCCUGUUUCUUGAAGGCUGUUCAGCCAAAAUACCUGGGCAACCAUGCAAUAGAGGCGCUGAGAAUUAUUCUAAACGAGGGCGCGAGUGCUAAAGAAAUUUCUGCAUUUGGGGAGCGACUCGCCGAAACCGAGGUACCCGAAGAAGCUCGUCCGGUUCUGCUCAAGAAUAUGUGGAAGGCAAUCGUCAGGCUUCAAUCCACAUCUGAAUUAGCCCAAUGCUCGGCUGUCUGGGCAGCGCUCACGGCGCGCUAUUUCUCGCUGGACGAGCUAGACGCGCACCCCGACGAACACGCCGAUCAGCUGCUGGUGAUCGUACGUUGCAUGGCUGGCCACCGGAAAAGCGACGCGAUGAAGCUGCUAAGCCUCGAUUCGUUCACCAAGAUUAUGGAUAUAUUGAGGGACGACCCCCAUUCUUCUGCGGCCGCGACAGCGAUUCUUGAAGCUUUUGUGGCGAACCAUGCUAUUGGAUCGUGCAAGGAUCUAAAGUUGGCUAGCAAGAUCUGCGAAAUAACCGCCCGACUCGCAACGUUUUUGUACGACGACGAGGAAGAAAAAGAGCGGAGAACGGCGCUCGUCUGCCAGGUCCUUGACCGUUUUUCGUUCUCUGAAGACCCAGAAAGAGGCCUGCAAUGGCUGGUAUCAUGCCGUGCUUCACUGGCUGAAAUGGAUGGUGCUAUACAGCACAUCGUCCAACUAUUCCAAACACUCGGCCUCCAGGUAUUGGCUCAUAUGAAAAGCGGGCAGGCAAAAGCCAACUUGAUGCGUGCUUGCGUUGCCAACCUUCAAAUCACAAUCCCGUCCCUCCCGAUGGCAGACGAACAGUUUGAGCAAGCUCUUCGAGCAGCUCACCUAGCGCUUUAUGCUAAUUCGCUGCCUCAGACCGACGCCCUGCUCCGCAUCUGCAUCGAAUCGCUGAUGGAUUCCGAAGCCGAUGCGGCACAUUUUGUGGCAAAGCUAACGCAUUUAUUGGCGUUCCUGGUGCACGUUCCGGACAACCCGGAUAAACCGCCGUUGUAUCUCUUCAGCGCAAUGUUGGCAGUGAUCGACCGGCGAAAUUGGGAGUCGACACCAGUGGAACAUGGUGCCAGCCUCGUCCAUUGCUUGGAUUUUCUCUGGGCCGCCGGUCAAGCCGAAUAUCCGACGAGAUUUCCCAGUGUCCAGUCAAACGAUGAGUUAUAUGGCGCGAGUGACGAGUUUAGGGAAAGCAUCGGCGAUCUCGCAUCGCACACUCUCGACCGCCUAAUCCCAAUGUUGAUGCGGGAGCCGACCCCUCUGAUCGCUGCCAUGUUGCUCGAGCAUCUUGUCGCACGGACCGACUAUGUGGCUGAUGAACAGUUAUUCCUUUUGUGCCGUGGCCUGCUGCAAAGAUGUCGUAAAAGCGUCGAACUGAGAAAGCGGGUGUCGAGAAUCAUAACGGAUUUGCGCAACGAGAAGUCGUACGCGGGUGCCACUAAAUUACUUGAAGCGUGCAACGUU